UAUAGAUGCUGUACGUAAUAGGUCUUGGAUUGGGAGACGAGAGAGACAUAACGCUUAGAGGCUUAGAAGCCGUGAGACGAUGUGAGAAAGUGUAUAUAGAAGCCUAUACUUCUCUCCUCUCUUUCGGUCUCUCUUCUGACGGCCUUUCCACUCUCGAAAAGUUGUAUGGAAGGCCCAUCACUCUUGCCGAUAGAGAAAUGGUGGAGGAGAAGGCCGAUCAAAUACUAUCAGACGCUCGUGGAUCUGAGGUGGCUUUUCUUGUUGUUGGAGAUCCUUUUGGAGCUACAACUCACACUGACCUUGUUGUUCGAGCAAAGAAGUUGGGGAUUGAAGUCAAAGUGAUACACAAUGCGUCAGUGAUGAAUGCCAUUGGAAUUUGUGGCUUACAACUUUACCGUUAUGGGGAGACAGUUUCAAUACCAUUCUUUACGUCAACAUGGAGACCUGAUAGCUUCUAUGAGAAAAUUCAAAGAAACCGCAACCUCGGACUGCAUACACUCUGCUUGUUAGAUAUACGUGUGAAGGAACCAACUCUUGAAUCUUUAUGCAGAGGAAAGAAGCAGUAUGAACCACCUAGAUAUAUGACAAUAAACACUGCAAUUGAGCAGCUCUUGGAGAUUGAGCAAACCAAAGGCGAAUCUGCAUACAGUGGAGACACGGAGUGUGUUGGGUUUGCUAGGCUUGGAAGUGAGGAUCAGAUGAUAGUUGCUGGUACGAUGAAGCAAUUGCAGUUGGUAGAUUUCGGAGCGCCUCUCCAUUGCCUUGUGAUAACAGGCCACACCCACCCAGUGGAAGAAGAAAUGCUGGAUUUCUACAGACUUGAAACUCAGAAUCUAAAACAGGAAGAUAAUGGAGUAUGAUUGUUUGCGGAGGAGAAGAUAUAGCUUGUAGAUUUGUUUUAUUUUAAUUUUGUUUUUGCUGGAUGUAAAAGCAAAAAUUCGAGCAUUUGUUUUGUUCCAUAAAAGAUUACAUUCAAGAAUGAGGCGAAUCCUUAUGAAAUAGCCUAUAAUUAUAUCA